AUGGAAUUAGCAACCAGAGCCGUUAGCAAAUUAAGCCACUGUACAACGAGGAGCAGAUUGUACACAGUAACGACUCAGCCUCAUCCUUUUAUCAGCCACUCGGCUCAGAACCUUCAACACAACAUGGAAGACAAUUCCAGAGCCAGCGACCCCCCAAUAGACACCGCGCAAGUGGAGUAUCGAGAAGCGGUGGUCGUGGCUGAGAGCGAAUCCUCUUCAAUACACAGUGAACAGUUCAGUACAGUACCGCUACCACAAAACCUCUCUCAGGGCAACUUCAACACAACUGAGUGUUCUUUAAAUGUGUCAGAAUACUUUGAGGACCACCGCAGAGCAGUUCUUAAUAAUUUCAUUGAAGGGAACCAGCCAAACACCAAGAACGGGUUGUACUUUAGAGAUGGGAAGAGGAAAGUGGACUAUGUUUUAGCAUACAACUACAGGACACAUGUCUCUAUAAAGAGCGCCUUGGUUUCCCAGGGACUGGCGGUGAUUUCGAAUGGCAGCACUGUAAAUCCAGAAGGGAAGGCCCAGGUGCAAACCUUACAGUCUUCACAACACGAGCUUGCCGUGGAAGUAGCUCCCCAGGACUUGCUGGAAGAUGAUAGGAGAUGUCGUAGGGAGGCGUUUGAGCGUAACUUGAUGGAGGCUGGGCUCGAGAUCGAAAAGGAUGAGGAGAUCAAAAACCAAGGAAUUGGCUUCGUCCGAAUACAUGCCCCUUGGCACGCUCUGAGUAGAGAAGCAGAAUUCCUCAAAAUAAAGGUGCCCACAAAACAGGUCUAUGAAGUAAAAGAAGACGAUGGCAUUGUAACUGCACUUCAUAAAGUUUGGCACAAGAUCACAAGGCCUUUUGAACCCAAGGUGCAGCACAUGGAAAAUGACACCAAGACCAAGCACAUCUCUUAUGAUUUCACCAGAGAAAAGAUCCACCUAUACAACAUCAAAGACAAGGAGACGUUCUUUGACAAUGCCACGCGGAGUCGAAUAGUCCAUGAAAUCUUGAAGGUCACAGACAGCACCAGAGGACAGUAUGGCAGUAGAGGUAUUGCAGCUUUAAUAGCGAAUGGCACCUACGAUUCAGCCUACCCACUUCAUGAUGGGAACUAUGAAGGUACUGAGGCGAAUGAGCGGAAGCUGCUGCAUGAAGAAUGGGCCAGAUAUGGUGCUUUUUACAAAUACCAGCCGAUUGACCUCAUAAGGAAAUAUUUUGGAGAAAGUAUCGGACUGUACUUUGCAUGGCUAGGCGUGUACACUGAGCUUCUUAUUCCAGCAUCAGUCGUGGGAAUCAUAGUGUUUCUGUAUGGAUGUGCAACAUUGGACACCAACAUACCAAGCCUUGAGAUGUGUGAGUACAACUUUACCAUGUGCCCCCUGUGUGACCAGUACUGUGAUUACUGGAACCUCAGCACAGCCUGCUCCACUGCCAAAGCCAGCCACCUCUUCGACAACCCAGCCACUGUCUUCUUCUCUGUAUUCAUGGCUCUCUGGGCUACCAUGUUUCUAGAGCAUUGGAAGCGGCGACAGAUGAGGCUGUGUUACCAAUGGGAUCUCACUGGGUUGGAGGAGGAGGAGGAGCGAAUAAAGGAGCGUCCACGACCAGAAUAUGAAACAAAACUGUUGCAGAAGAAUCGGAAGAAGAGGAAACAGGGAAAUAGAAAAAAGAGCAAGACUGAGGUAGAGGAAGAGAAUAGGGAUUCUUGCAAAAACAAAUGGAGAAAGAAAGUCCUGUCUACCAUGGGAGAAGAAAACAUGUCACCCACUGAGCAUGAGAAACUGACAUGGAGAGACCGGAUACCCGGCUACUUUAUCGGUCUUUCCUCCAUUUUGUUCAUGUUUGGCCUGACAUUCUCAGCUGUCUUCGGAGUAAUCGUCUACAGGAUAACCACGUCUGCCAUAAUGUCAAUGAGCUCCAAUCCGAGCACCAGGGAAAACGUCCGAAUCACAGUGACUUCCACUGCCGUCAUCAUCAACCUGGUGGUCAUCCUGAUACUGGAUGAGAUUUACGGGGCGGUGGCCAAGUGGCUAACACAAAUUGAGAUUCCUAAAACGGAGAAGUCCUUUGAGGAGCGACUGAUAGUGAAGUCCUUCCUUCUCAAAUUCAUGAACGCUUAUGCACCAAUAUUCUACGUGGCGUUUUUCAAGGGAAGAUUCAUAGGCCGGCCUGGGGACUAUGUUUAUGUUUUCGACAACUACCGGUUGGAGGAGUGCGCUCCUGGAGGCUGUCUGAUGGAGCUUUGCAUACAGCUGAGCAUCAUUAUGCUGGGGAAGCAGCUCAUUCAAAACAACCUCUUUGAAAUCGGCAUCCCGAAGCUAAAGAAAUUGCACAGAAAGCUGAAGGGUAAAGGGACCAAACCUGAAGAAAGCAACACUAACCAGACCCGACCACCCCAGCAAUGGAACCUGGACUAUAACCUGGAACCGUUUACUGGCCUGACCCCGGAGUACAUGGAAAUGAUUAUCCAAUUUGGGUUUGUCACUCUUUUCGUCGCUUCAUUCCCACUGGCUCCUCUGUUUGCUCUUCUGAAUAACAUCAUAGAGAUACGACUUGAUGCCAAGAAGUUUGUAACCGAGCUGAGGAGGCCUAACGCCGUGCGGGCGAAGAGCAUUGGUAUUUGGUACAACAUUCUCAGUGGCAUGGGCAAGUUAUCUGUUAUCAUUAAUGCCUUUGUUAUCUCCUUCACCUCGGAUUUCAUCCCCCGCCUCGUCUACCAGUACUUAUACAGCGAGACUGGCACCAUGCACGGGUUUAUCAACCACACCUUGUCAUACUUCAAUGUCAGCCACUUCAAGCCUGGCUCCGCUCCUGUGUCCUCUGAGUUCCACAAUCAUAUUGGGGUCUGCAGGUACAGGGACUACAGAGAACCACCUUGGUCAUCAAACCCGUACGAGUUCUCCAAGCAGUAUUGGUCUGUGUUGGCUGCGCGUCUUGCCUUCGUCAUCCUGUUUCAGAACCUGGUGAUGCUGCUCAGUGAGGGGCUGGACUGGAUAAUCCCAGACAUCCCUAAGGACAUCAGCGAGCAGAUCAAGAAGGAGAAGACACUGCUGGUGGACGUGUUCCUCAAAGAAGAGCACGAGAAGCUGCAGCUGAUCCAGAACUUCCUCCUGACAGACCGGCCCGCUCAGCCAAAGCCCAACCUGAAGUCCUUAGCCCCCCGGAGCCGAGCGACCAGCCUAUGCCAGUUCAGCCCGAAGAACAAAACUAGCUAUGGCUCCAGGCACACUGACGUGUGAGGUCCCCUCUCCCUGAGAAACGAUUCUGCAGACAGACAUGCAAGAAGCCAGCGGAAAUCUUGGGGGUGGAAGAAAGUUAUUUUCUUCACCGAAGGGCUACAGAACAGACAUUAUUUCGGGUGCAGAAACAUUUUACCAAAUUAACUUUUACUGCUGUAAUGGAUUUUGCACUCUUCCUGUUUUUAUAACAUCAUUUUCUUUUGUCGUGUUAUUGGAUGGCAAGGAAACCUUGCCACGGAGAAUAUUACUGUACUCUUUUCAUGGAUAGCCUGUAACUUGAACCUUAAAUCAGGAAUGUGGUGUGAUAGGAUCAUUAUUAGUUAGUCAGGAGCUUCAUUCUGUCUACGCCAUGUGAUUUUCCUCUGGGGGUAGAAACCGUGUCUUAAUUCCUAUACUUUGUUAACCCUUUGAGUAGUACGAACAUACCGGUACGUUCACUGCUUUCUGGUCCCCAGGGAGUUCGAACAUACUGGUAUGUUCUACAGCUUUAAACUUGAAUUACUGCACCUACAAAACCCCUGAUAAGAUGAUAUUGUAACACAAUGUUUCUAUAAC